AUGCGUCGAUGGGCUGGCGACGGCCACUGUUCGAUUUUGGGUGAUUUCAAUGUACCCCUAAUCGAUUGGGACGAAAAUCGCUGCCUACCGGGAGCAGACCAAUUCUCCAGAGACCUCGAAGUCGCGAACCAGUUGACUCUGCAUCAACACUCCCGCGAGCCCACCAGGAUCCACGAUUCUGCCCAGUCAGUCCUAGAUCUGGUGUUAUCCCCUCGAACAUCGGACGUUGACGUCAUUGACCACCUCCAGCCACUCGGUUCGAGCGAUUAUUCGACCUGUUGGUGCAUUGGCGAUGUGGAGCUCCGUAUCGCUCUCGACCACAUUCCGGACCCAAUGUCUGGAAAGCGGACCACCAUGGCCUGA